GCUCAAUCCUGAGCGCUGAGCGCCAAGCGCUUGAGCCCGCUCGCUCUCCCUUACACCGGCCACUGUCGAUUCUGCUCUCUCGCUGUUGUCUGUAUCUGUCGUGCUAUUUCAUUGUUUCCCUUAUUGAGCAAAUAUGGAUGCGCGAGAUUUGGAAUAUGUCAAUGAACUCCUGGAGCAAGACAACGAGCUCAGAGAAAAAGUCAGGGAACAAGUACAUGACCUUGACAAGAAAGCUCGUACUAUGUCUGGCCUUCUUAACAAGAUUCAUUCCACUCCGGUAGACCAAGUACCGGCCCUCCUUGAACAAGUCAAGCCUGUGCUGGAAAGCUGCAAAGAUACUAGUGCAGCACUAGCAAGUCUCAUUCCUCUCGCGCAAUUCUGGAGGUGGAAAGAUAUGUGGACCAAUUCUCUGCGGAACGCGGUAUUUGCUGCUACGAUGGUCGGGUAUCUUGAGACUGGUACCCUACUCACGUUGCCGCGAGUACGCGACGUUCUCGGGAUCGAUCUUGAAUGGAGCGAUCGGUAUGCUUUGCCAGCGGAAGACUAUCUUCAUGGCGUGAUCAGCUUGGUCAACGAGCUCUCUCGUCUUGCUGUGAAUGCGGUUACAAUGGGUAACUUUGAAGAGCCGAUCAAGAUCUCUGCCUUUGUAAAGGACCUGUUUGCAGGGUUUUCUAUGCUUAAUUUGAAGAACGACACCCUUCGUCGCCGAUACGACAGCCUGAAGUACGACAUCAAGAGGAUAGAAGAAGUGGUUUACGAUGUAUCUCUGCGGAAACUUGCGCCGUCGAAAAGCCAGGCAUUCUAGAUUUCCAGACAUGUAGUUCACGAGACCUACAUACCGCGCAAGAUUGCACACACCUGGGCAUCUCAUCUACUGAUAGGUGUAGUUGUUUGACUCACUCAACGUGCGUUCUAAAAGUGUGUAUGAGGAUGCGUGCCUGCGAUGGCAAACAAGCAAUGAUGAACAAGUGUGGCCUAACUUGAACGUCUGUGAAGAAUACUAACAUGAGCGCAAAUAGAAGAUGCUGAAGGCUGCUCGGGAUCGAACACUAUCCCUAUGGUUUCUGGAAGACGUGUAAUAUGAGUAUGUCGCAAUGUUGUUACACAGAAGAAACAUGGCCUAAUAAUAACGAAUGGUAUAUAGAAUUAACAGUAUCAUCAUUCCAGUUCUUUUCGUCAAACACGUUUCUCAUACUGCGUGGUGCGACAUGCUCCGGAGCGUCGGCUGCUCUUCGUGUCGGUGCCUUCCCCAGCCUAUGUGGCCGGCUGGUAUCGCGGACUUGAGUGGGGUGUGGAACUCGCUUGGUUCACGCCAUCUGAACCAAACGGCACUCCACAUGCCGGCUUGAAGCGUGGUCCAGAGGGCAAUGGACGGAAUGCGAGCGCGGAUGAGGUUCAUCAUCUUUAUCGCCUAGAGUUCGACGAUGUGAUGGUGGCUUUGGUGUGGUGAAGGUGGUAGAGGUCUCGAAAGACUCUGAUAGAAGUGCUUGAAU